AUGUCUAGUUUCGAUGGGUCUGCCUCUUGGGCAGAGGUUGCCGCUAGUGGGCCUCCGCAGUCUGAGGAAGAGGUGUGAUCAUGAUUUUUUCAUCAAACCGUUUUUUCCCCAACAAGCAUUGAAGGUUUUGAUAGACUGACGGAUGUGUUUUUAUUUUGCUCCACAUAGGCGUACGUUAUCUCCCGGAUUUCUAUAAAAUCCUAGGAAGAGGCAAACCGCAUUUAUAAAAUGCUGACAAAUAAUAGGCAUGCCAACCCCGUCGACGAAGUUAUCCCUACCGAAUCAUCCGUCGGAUCCCUCGUAGAUGUUGAUUCUGGCGUCCCUGCUCCUUCCGAAUUCUCGGAGCAAGGAGUAACUCCCACUUCCCACCCUCUUUCCCCUGAUCCCCCAUACUAAGCAAAGCCCUAUAGGUCGAAGCGGGAGCCCGAGCCAGGAUAGAGCUCGAAAGGGAUGCCCAAGAUGCCGAGAGCGUGGCUAUAGAAGAGGAAGCGAUAGCCCACGAACAAGGAGAAAAGGCAAAGAAGGAUAAGAAGCAGGGGGUAGAACAUUUCGGGAACCCCGUCGUCGCUAUCAAUGCUAUUAGCGUUGCGGGUGCGUUGGUAUUGUUGGUUAUUGGGGCGUUUAAGAAGCGUCAGGCAGGAGCGCUCACGUGGAAGCUUGUGGGAUUUUGGACAGCGGGGUUGGCGGCAUUCGGGACUGCGGAUUAUUUUGUGUCCAGGUAUGGGAUAUCCGCCUUGUGGCUAAAGGGGUGAUUGCGGGAUAAAGGCUAAUGGUAAUUAGCUAUCUGUUUAAGAAAUAUCCUCCAAAGGGAAAAUAAGCUGCUCUGCCAACAGUACGAAAGGGCGGCGGUGGGCUGGGAGUGGGGGGGGGAGAUGGGUGGACGGGUGUACCUUGCGGGAUUAAACACCUACAUUCUCCUCCUUGGCCUCCGAUCUUGAUUUCAUAUUCUCUUCUCUUCUUUUCGGGUACCAAAUCUUCGGCAACUGGCUUUUGGAAUCUUUGUAACCCCUUCUCUUCUCAUCUCUUUUUUCCGUUUUUUACAUCCAGCCAUUCACCAAAUAUACACUACCGCCUGGAGAAUAAAAUUUGCAUUGGAAAAUGACUUGGGUGGUCCAGUUAGUAGCACGUGAAGAUACCGUAUGACAUAUCGGCAUUCUGGCAAUAAACGGAGCAUGGUGCAACCUCGGCACUAAUGCAGAGAGGGGUAGAGGGAGAGUGUGUGUCGUCUGCCCUGGGAUAUAUUAAUCUUGUCG